GUGAGCGAAUCUUGGGAAAGAUCCAGAUAGUCUGGUUGGAGAGUCACCCGUGGCUUCCACUGUGUAUUAAUAGGAGCAAGCAAGCACUUAGUAUGGCUGUUUAACUGCUAACCUGCGCUUCCUCCCACUUAACCUAUGCCACGCCUCCCUCCCUCUGGCAUUAGGUUCCAUAGAUGAACCAAGCAUUGCAACUUGGUUUUAGAACUUUCAUCAAUCUUUCAAGGUGUAGCUUUGCGGCGGGCCCGAGGAAUUUUGGAAUCGGAAGGUUGGCUCCUUUAAGAGGCAAAGGAAUGGGAUCCAAGAGAAGAAGCUUUUCGAAUUCAUCCUCCGUUGCUGACCAAAACAUCGAUAAGAAGCUCAAAGGAGUGAUAGACAACGACAACCCCAUUUCUGAUAAGCCUUUUCUCAAGGAUAUCAUGGAUGAUCCAAGCAAAAUCGAGGCAAUGACAGUUCAACAACUCAGAACUGCAUUGAGGACUGCUGGUAUCCCUAUCAAAGGUCUUAAACGUGACCUUGUAUCUGCUUUGCAGAGUUAUUUGGCCAAGGAAAUAGAUGGUGAAAGUUCCCUUUUAACAGAUAAACAAGAUCCCUUCAAUUCUGAUGAUAGCAUAUCUUUGAGGGUGGAGGAAAGAGCCAUAGAGGACCAAGUCCAAGAUGUUAAUACCACUCCUGAGGUUUGUAGGGUUCAACGGAGCACAAGGACUGUAAAACAAUUGCAAAUUAAAGGUGAAACUGUUGAAGUUGAUGCUAAAAUUGUCAGCAUAGAGCAGAAGCUAUCCGUCAAAACUGAUCGUGCUGCAGGUAGGAAGCCUUCUCAGACAAAGAGGAAAGUAUCUUCAGAUCUUUAUAGCAACAAUGUUAGGGCUGAAAAUAGAGUUACUCCUCCUGUGAAUCAAAAUGAACCAUGGACUAUUAUUGCCCAUAAGAAGCCUCAGAAAGGGUGGAUAGCAUAUAAUCCUAGAACCAUGAGACGUCCACCUUCUAUGGGGAAUACAAAGGUUGUCAAGGUUCUGUCUUGGAAUGUCAAUGGGCUUAGAGCAUUGCUGAAAGUAGAGGGAUUCCCUGCCCUGGAGCUUGCCAAAAGGGAAAACUUUGAUGUACUGUGUUUGCAAGAGACUAAACUGCAGGAGAAAGAUGUCGAGUCAGUUAAACAGUCUCUUAUAGAAGGAUACGAGAAUAGCUUCUGGACAUGCAGCCAUUCAAAACUUGGUUAUUCUGGUACAGCAAUAAUAUCUCGGAUAAAACCACUUUCGGUCAGAUAUGGCCUAGGCAUAUCAGACCAUGAUAGUGAAGGACGGGUUGUGACAGCAGAGUUCGAUACUUUUUAUUUGUUAAGCGUCUAUGUUCCUAAUUCUGGGGAUGGCUUGAAAAGGCUGACAUAUAGGAUCACAGAAUGGGAUCCAUCUCUUAGCAAUUACAUAAAGGAACUGGAAAAGUCAAAGCCAGUCAUUUUGACAGGGGAUCUGAAUUGUGCUCAUGAAGAGAUAGACAUUCAUGACCCUGCUGGAAACAAAAGAAGUGCUGGAUUUACAAUUGAAGAAAGGCAAUCUUUUGGCACAAACUUCUUAUCCAAAGGGUUCGUGGACACCUUUAGAAAGCAGCAUCCAGGUGUUGUUGGCUAUACUUACUGGGGUUAUAGGCAUGGUGCGCGCAAAACAAACAAAGGUUGGAGGCUUGACUACUUCCUAGUCUCAGAAGCUAUAGCUGAUGAUGUUCAUGAUUCAUACAUUCUCCCUGAUGUUAUGGGUAGUGAUCACUGCCCUAUUGGCCUUACACUGAAGGUCUAGUCUGCCCCACCAACACUGGUCAAUUGGCUGUAUGCUGAUGGGAUAAGUGCAACAUUAUUCUCAACCAAAACCCAACUUGAAAGAAGCUUGAGAUUGGUGCUAGUUAAAAAAAUGGAAUGUCAUUGAUACAAUAGCUGGCUGCUGCACUCCUGACUCUGCAGAAAUUGAUUAUAUCUUAUGCUGUUAGUAUUGUUUUGUUUUUUGUGGAAAGGAGAUCUGCACAGAGGUUGGAGUGCAGAAAAUCGGAAGAGGGUGGAAAGUGGAAAGCCAAAAGCCAUUGGAACUUGAUAAGAUUUUGUUAAAAUGUAUGGGUUUGCAGAGUUGGUACAAUCUUGUUUUUCGCUGUCCACUUUCAUUUAUAUGAACAUCUUUGUAUGUAGUAAUAUGUAUGCUAAUGGAAAUUAUAUUUCCCUGCCUCUGCCCUGAAAGUCUUGUUGCAAUUGUUGUCGCUGUCAGUGAUUGUCUCCUUGAUUUGUUGUUGAUGAUUUUGCAUGUCAUUGAAGGGUAUAAUCAAUUACACUUCAGUUGCACUCAAAUUUGGCAAUUUCUCAUCAUUCCUUGUUAAGGCAUAUGCUUUUAGGAGAAUAUGGAAUUUUUUCAAUCUAAUGACUAUGCUACAACGACCUUCCCUUUUCUUUUUGACAUUUUCAUUGAAUCGAAACACCUUUUAUGCUUUGAUUUACUCAUCCUUUUGUACCACGUGUAAUCUAAAAUAGAUCAAGACUUCACAAGCUAUACCUGACUUUU